AUUUCGGAGUACUUGAUAUGGUCCGCUCCAUACGCUCCGCUGAUUAGAAACUCGCUUGCAAAGUCCCGUUUGACAGGAGCGCAAUAAUGUGACAGGAAUAAUCGCAAGACGUUUUCGACAAAAAUAAACAAUUAAGACAAGAAUGGGUGUUUCCCGAGUGAUACAAACGCAUUUAUUGAUUGUUGUGUGUUGUGUUUUUGUGGUGUCGGGAGAUGUACGCCCUGCAAAGCAAACUUCACCAGCUGUCUCUCCAGUGGCCUCCGAAGGGGGCCCCAUUGCGCUUCCCAACGAGACUUAUAUGGGUCGCGAGCACAUGAUAAGGGUGAAGCCCCAUAAUGUCACACCGGAGUUUGUUGUGGGUCAGAAGAGUGAUAACAAGACCAGUGUACCUAAGAAGGGGGUUGGGUUGCCAGACCCGAAGGUUGAAGUCAAAGCGAGUUCGUCGACGACUACCACCACGACCACGACCACGACGACAACUACCACGAUACCCCCUAAACCCACGCUGACAAUUGGGGAGGAUGAUGAGCCCCCGAAUGCGAGCCCCAAACUGACCAAACUGAAUGGUAUUACCAUAGAGUCAGUCAAGAAGCAUAAAAAAACUGACUAUGUGGUGCCUAUUGUUGUUGUAAUACUCUCAGUUCCUUUGGUAGCUAUUAUUUUUUCGGUUUUGUACAAACGCGGCUCGGACUGGUGGCAACAUAGACAUUAUAGAAGAAUGGACUUUCUCAUUAACGGGAUGUACGAUAAUUAAUUCGGUUCUCCAAAGAUUUGACUGUGCUUGCUAUUAUCCCUUUUAUCUUAAUCCUAGCUGUAAAUACCUACUGUGCCUUACAAAUGCAAUAAUUUUGUGAUAUUCCCAGAUAAUAAUCUGUUGAUUCUGUGUAUUUUUGUACGAUAAUAAAGGUGUGAAUAGAG